CUAAUUUAUUAUUUCUGAAAUCCCUUAGUUUAACUUCAAACCAGCAGUAGCUAGUGAUUAUUUCCCAUUUUAGAGGGAAAAUCAAAAGAAAAUGGCAAACCUAAUUCCCGAAACCGCCCAAAAGAUCUUCACUCCGGAAACCCUCCUGUCUGCAGCCAAACAAUCGCAGGGAUGCCUCGUCAUCCCCGUCCGCCUCCGCCGUGCCAUCAAAAGAUACCUACGAGAGCAAGAGGAACCACACAUGAAGAGGAAAGUGCUGAGAUUAUCAGAGUCGUUCAGCGAAAUCAAGGACGUGAAUCUGAUGCUGACAACAACCACUUCAAAGGAGCUAGUUGAGGAUCCAUUCAAGUCUAUGGAGCGCUCCAAGCGCUGGAAAAUCAAGAGCGCUUACGGUGAUAUUGGUCUCAAAUACACAGACGACGAAACAGUUGCAUAUGUUGCCUCGCGCAUGCCUGCUGUCUUCUCUGCCUGCCACAGAGUCUUCAGCGAGGUCCGAAGAAGGUUACCUGGCUUUUCCCCAUCUAAGGUCUUGGAUUUUGGUGCUGGUACUGGAUCAGCUUUCUGGGCAAUGCGUGAGGUUUGGCCAAAGUCGGUAGAAAAGGUAAACUUGGUGGAGCCAUCGCAAUCGAUGCAACGGGCUGGUCGGAGCCUCAUACAAGGUCUGAAGGAUUUGCCACUUAUUCACAGCUAUAAUAGCAUUCAAGCAUUAACUAAAAGUAUCAACAAGUCUGAGAGGGAACAUGACCUUGUAAUUGCUUCCUAUGUGCUUGGGGAGGUACCGUCACUCAAGGACAGGAUUACCAUGGUGCGCCAGCUUUGGGAUCUUACACGGGAUGUUUUGGUUUUAAUUGAACCAGGAACACCACAUGGAUCUAAUAUCAUAUCUCAGAUGCGAUCUCACAUAUUAUGGAUGGAGAAAAGGAAAUGCCGCAAAUCUAAAAUGCCAAACAAUGAAGCUUGCAAGGAUCUGAUGUCUGUCAAAAGUGGUGCUUUUGUAGUUGCUCCUUGUGCUCAUGAUGGGCACUGUCCUUUGGAGAAAUCUGCUAAAUACUGUCAUUUUGUUCAGCGUUUGCAGAGAACAACAUCACAACGUGCAUACAAGCGGUCCAAGGGUGAGCCUUUACGUGGAUUCGAAGAUGAGAAAUUUUCCUUUGUUGCUUUCAGACGAGGGCAACGACCUCGGGUAUCCUGGCCUCUUGAUGGUAUGAAAUUUGAAACUUUGAAGGAGCAGCAUGCCAAAAGAAAUCUCGACAGUCUUGAAAUUGACUAUGAGGACAUAAUCAAGCAAGAUGAAGCUGAUGUUGUCCCAUAUAAAGAAGUGAAUCCAAUUGACUAUGAUUCUGACGCUGAUGAAGUUGACACGGUUGACAAUAAUAGUGAAGACAAAGAAAUAGAAGAAGGAAGAGCCCAUGCAAAUCUUGGGGGUGGUUGGGGAAGGAUAAUCUUCUCACCUGUUAGGAGAGGCAGGCAAGUUGCGUUGGAUGUGUGUCGAUCAAUCAAUAAGGAUGGCUCAGAAGGAUCAUUCGAGCAUAUAGUUGUAACAAAGAGUCGGAAUCCUUCAUUACAUCAUCAGGCCCGGAGAUCUCUCUGGGGAGACUUGUGGCCAUUCUAAGCUGAAAGCCGUGUAGUUUUAUUGUAACGACAAACUAAAUCGAAACCAAUAGUUAUAUUAGAUGCCAAUUGUAUUUAUUUAUUUAUGUAUUUAUGGGUUCCUUUUCUUCAAAAA